ACUCUGCAUAAUGUAGAUUGUAGCGAGGAAAGGUCAGUUCGAAGAGGUGAAGGACAAGUAGAGGCGCUGGAGCUUAUCCUCGAACGUGAGACGAGUUCAGACUAUAAAAUUUCUCACCUGUUGGGAUGCGGGAAUGCACUGCAGUGUGUAUGGAAGUCAUUGACAUGGGAGAUGGGAGGAAGAUCUAUUGGGCAACUAGAUAGAUCAUGAAGGAACCACAGGGGUUGGUGACAACAGUUCCAGGCGACCAGGAGAAUGAAAGGUUUGGUUCUUUUCAAGCGACACUAAGACUUGAUGAUUGUUCUCUUUUACAAGUGGUGAAUUUAAAUCAGGGCCUCUAAAUUUCACCCUUGAACAUACUUCGCUCUCUAUGUUCUCAAGCACCUAGCAAUGGCGAGGAGGUGCUUUCAAUUGCGUUUCAGGGAACUUUGAUUCAGGCCAUCGCUCCGGCCAACCUCAUCCAACACUUCACCGAUAUUUUGCAGUUGGGAAGUGUUUACCUCAAAGAGUCUCUAUCGUG